UGCAGGAACCAUUGAUUGAUAAUUACUGAUAAUAACCAAGGGCCAGAACUCCUGAAGCCAAAAUUUAAUCUUUUUGAGACAAAGUGAUGACAAGUACUUCACUCCUAAAUCCUUUUAUAUUGCCUGUUUCUCUCUCAUCACAAAACCCUUCAAACAAAUUCAACUUCAAAACUCAUCAAACUCUUCAAAUUCGCAAUUACAAAACUCCUCGAUUUUCACGCCCCAGUAGAAAUAUAGCAGUGAUGUCAACAGAGGCUGCUGAUCAAAGCACUAUAAUUGCUGAAAAGAUGAAUAAUUUGCUUUUUGUUGAGAUGGGUGUUGGUUAUGAUCAACAUGGGCAGGAUAUUACUUCUGCUGCAAUGCGGGCUUGCCGGGAUGCUAUUUCUUCCAAUUCUAUCCCUGCUUUUCGUAGAGGCUCUAUACCAGGUGUUUCAUUUGAGCAAAUGAAACUGCAAAUUAAGCUUGGAGUACCCCGAUCUCUUCAGCAAUCUCUGGACAUUGAGAAGGUCAAAUCUGUGUUUCCAUACAGUGGAAAAAUCCUUGAUGUUGAAGUUGUCGAUGGUGGACUCAUAUGCUCAAGUGGUGUUCAUGUGGAAGAAAUGGGAGAUAAAAAUGAUGACUGUUACAUUGUUAAUGCGGCUGUUUACGUUGGUUACUAAGAACUAGAUAUUCUUGUCUGGCUUUCUGAUACUCUGAGGGUUUGGGGCAGAGUAGGAGGUUACCCUUGUGAUGCUCCGGUGUGAAGCCACCAAUGCCAUGUAUUGAAGAUGAGUACAUCCAUGUUUUUCCAAACACUACCUCCUUCGAUGGAGUCUAACUUGAGAACUCGUCCAAUUGGCUCUUUAAUUAUGUCUACUAUGUAAGUCGUAUGGUAGAGUUGCACACUCACCCCAUAUUCCUGCAUAAUCCAUCACAAGUUUACAUUAAGCAUUUUAUUUUAGUUUUUAGGCAAUUGAAUGUAACAUUCAUAUAAUCACAUGGACAAUGAAUUCACCAAGUUUUUGGCGAUACUACUAUAACACGCUACUUAUGUUAUACGACAUUAAAAGCUACUAAUAAUAGAAGAGUACGUAGCGUUGAUUAUGAAA